UAGCCUGAGAGACACAUGAGAAGCAGUGCUGCUAAACUAGGCAGCUUGAGUGAGAACACCAGCAGUAAGGAGAAAGUCCGUCGAAAAGAAAGACGUGGCGCUGAAGUUUUUCAACAAAAAAGUCAUCAAACGGUGACUUUUCUUCCAGGAGGAAGUCAAGGAAGGAAACCACCUGUUGAGAUGGGAAGUCCAAGCCCCCCGCUUUAUCUCAAUGUGAGCCCAGAGAUGAUCAACUCUACAUUAGAUGUGACCAACAGCGAGGAGGGCUUCAGUGAGGCCACAAUGAUUGUGCUGGGCAUGAUCAUGUCGUCGCUCAUCCUCUCUAUUGUUUUCGGCAACAUCCUGGUCAUUACGGCGAUUGCUCGCUUCCAGCGUCUGCAAAACGUCACCAACUGCUUCAUCACCUCCCUGGCUUGCGCCGACCUGGUCAUGGGUCUCAUCGUUGUCCCCUUCGGCGCCUGUUAUAUCAUCUUCAAAACCUGGCACUUUGGUAGUUUCUGGUGCGAGUUCUGGACGGCGACCGAUGUUCUUUGUGUGACCGCAAGCAUUGAGACCUUGUGUGUCAUCGCCAUAGACCGUUACUUGGCCAUCACCUCGCCCUUCCGUUACCAGACCCUGCUGACAAAGGGUAAGGCUCGCAUUGUGGUGGUGCUGGUGUGGAUCAUCGCCGCCCUGAUAUCGUUCCUGCCCAUCCACAUGAAAUGGUGGAUAUCUGAUGAUAAACAAGCGAAAGAGUGCACCAAUGAUAGCAACUGCUGUGAAUUCUACACCAACAUGGCUUAUGCCAUCACGUCCUCCAUCAUCUCCUUCUACAUCCCUUUGGUCAUCAUGGUGUUUGUCUACUGCCGAGUUUUCCAGGAGGCCAAGCGCCAGCUCAGAAAGAUUGAUCAAAGCGUGGGCCGGUUUCACAACAGCGACAGUUUCAAACCCAUGGACACCAAUAUCGGGCGGGGCCAGAAGAAGAUGAAAUUUUGUCUGCGGGAACACAAAGCCCUAAAGACGCUGGGCAUCAUCAUGGGGAUCUUCACUCUGUGCUGGUUGCCCUUCUUUCUGCUCAACGUGGUGGUUGCCAUAUGGAAGGUGGAAGGCAUCGACCUGACUUUUAGGAUCCUCAACUGGAUAGGUUACGCAAACUCAGCCUUUAAUCCGCUCAUUUACUGCCGGAGCCCGGAGUUUCGAUAUGCCUUUAAGGAAAUCCUCUGCCUCAAAGGGAACCACGACUCCAAAGCGGGACCUAUGAAUGGAUACAUAUGCGAUAGACACAGUUGGCAGAGUGAGCCACAGGGGCGGAGUAAAGGCAACUCAGAAGACAGUGACGUCUUCGAGGGCUGCUUGGAGCAAGGAGCAUGUGUUGACAAUGUGGAGGACAGAGCGGUGGACUCGAACGGGAACUGCAGCAAAGACCCCGCGAUUGUAAAGGCUGUACUUUAAACUAUGAGACUUUUAGCCCAAAGGGCACCACCUUUCAUGUUUACACUGUCAUGCACCUAUUGAUUUUGGCAGGUAAGGCCAGUCAAGAAGCAUGGUAGAGGCGCAGGAUUCUGCUUAGAGGAAACUCUAUUUAUCGUGUUACAGAAAUACUGUUGACAGAUUGUGCUGAAUCAUUCUGUUGAUAUUUCGUCUACCUCACCACAUCGUCGUCUUGAAAGUGCUCUUGAACAUUCGUAUUGCCGCAACGUGAUAGCACUGAGGCCGUUUGAUCUAUCCUCGCUCUAAAAAAAUAAAUAAAAGAACGGAGGGAUGCAUUGUCGAUUCAUCCGGCUAGAUUUCAAAUUUCACCAUCGGUGGUGCUUAUGCGUGAAGCAUUCCAAAAGCAUUCCAGCUUCGUUUUGUCUUCACUGAGGUUCCCGUAUUUGGUGACAAUGCGAUAGAUGAACAACGGGUAUGGGAUCAAACUCCUUUCAGCUGUUUUGUGAGGCCCCCGCUAAGCUUGACCUCCCUUUUACAGCCUGCUCCUUGGGAGGUUGUGUAGCAGAUAGCGCCACUGAUAAAUAACAGUUAUCUCCGUCUCGCCGGUACAAGCUGAGCAACGCCUGGGGGCAUUCUCUGUUGGCUUUGUGAUGAAAACCUGCACAUUUGUAGAGCAAUCAGCAAUUCCAUUUUCACCAUUAACGUUUCCUUAAAAGCAUACUGUUCGAAAUGCUGUCAGCGGCACUUGCUGAGCAAGCAAUUAAUUCCCUUGAGUGCACUGGUUCAUUUGAAUGUAAUACCCAAUGAAUGCACAAGUGUUUUGUUAAAUGUUGUGUUUGAAUGAGAGGACCGUGUUUACAACAUGAACAUUGAGUGUUUGUGGCUCUCUGAGUGCGUGUGUGUGUGUGUGUGUGUGUGUGUGUGUGUGUGUGUGUGUGUUUGUGUGUGUAUUCACAUACCCCACGGAGGGCGGGAAUAGCCGAGACUUAACAAGCGGCCAAGACGUGUUUUUGUACAAAUCAUCUUAAUGACGAGAGACAAGCGGUGCACGUUUGUCACUUGAAGGACAAUUUCCAGACUUCAUCUAUAGCGCCAUGAAAUAAUCCAGAAGAGUCUUGGCACCGAGUUCUUCCCUUGGUGUGUCUGUCUCCAGGAAGCGCCCCAAUCCAGCUGAGCCCUGCCCGAUAAACAAAAGUAAAUCCAUUAUCGCCGCUGUCAAGCGACAAGAUCGAAUCUCCUCCCUUAAAACAACAUUGCUGUACUAGGUUCCCUGUUUGAAUGCUGCCGUUCCGCAAAGGACCAAUUUGAAAAAUGAGUCUUAUGAGGACGACUUUAUAGGGGAUACAGCUGACAUUCUCAGCCUCAAUUGCUUUGUGGGAGUGGAAUCUCUUGAGUCAGGUUAUGAUAACUUAUUUUUAUGGUGGCGACAGUUUGCUAAAUGUCGCAAUAGAUGGCCUCAUGAGGGAACAAAGUCAGUGUUAGUAACCUCUGUUUUUGUGAGUGUAGUCUUGCCCUGGCUCUCCAUGAACUUUGUAUCUCUGUGCACAGUAUUUCUCGGCUCAAUCUCGCCCGGCAAAGCACAGCAAAUUGACGCAUGUAAUGGGUCAUUAUAUGUCAAAUGUGUGUGAAGUGAAAAACAAAACACGUUUUGAGUCCCCCCCCCCCGUUUUUCUUCUUUGUGAAUGAUUAUAAAGUAUUCUAGGGUUUAAGGUUUAAUGUCAUAACAAAUUGACGCAUGUAAUGGGUCAUUAUAUGACAAAUGUGUGUGAAGUGAAAAACAAAACACGUUUUUAGUCCCCCCCCCCCCGUUUUUCUUCUUUGUGAAUGAUUAUAAAGUAUUCUAGGGUUUAAGGUUUAAUGUCAUAACAAAUUGACGCAUGUAAUGGGUCAUUAUAUGUCAAAUGUGUGUGAAGUGAAAAACAAAACACGUUUUUAGUCCCCCCCAACCCCGCCCAUGUUUUUCUUCUUUGUGAAUGAUUAUAAAGCAUUCAAGGGUUUAAUGUCAUAACAAAUGCUCCCAAGGUGUCAUUUCACUGUAUUGUGCCCCCCCCCCCAAAAAAAGAAAAGUUAAAUGAUUCCUAACUACAUUUAUUUAUUUACGUGCACCUGUGAAUUACGCUGUCAAUUUUCAGAUGUGUAAAAAACUCAGCUUUCAUUUUUUAUUUUAUUUUACCGGUAUUUUUUUGCAUUUUGAAUGGUAUACGUGUAUUUGUGCUGAUGUACUGGCUGUUGCUAUUUCUUUUCCAAGUAAUCUGUUUAGUCCCAUUAAUGACGGCUUUGAACCACACUCUGUCAUAUAUCCACACUGCUCCCUCCUGGCGGUGCCCUCUCCUUGCAGCUCAAUUCUAACUCUAAGUGGUUACUUUUCAUGUAGUCCACAACCCAAUUGAUAUCUACAGUUUCAACAAGAGGAAAAGAAAUCACAACACCGGUUCAAUUCCCGAUGAGGAAAAAAGUGACACAAGAGAGUUCAUGUUAGUUGGUUAAGCAUUACUGUGUGUAAGUGCAAUGGCAUACACUUUGAUGGCUAUUAGGCUUCAAUGGUGUGAGUAGCACUGGAAAACAUUUUGUAGGAUUUUACGAUUAGAGCAAAGAACACCAAAAGUCACUCAGUACUUAGCCUAUUCACAUGACCUGACUCUAUUGUGAUUUUGCAUACAUAUAUAUGAUUGUCUGGUGGAGUGCUGUGGCCGUUGAUGUGUGAAUUAUUAUUACUAAGUAUGCUUCAGCCACUGUGUGAUAAGUGGCCGCUUUUGCAGCUCGAUGUUUACUCGAUGUUUUUCAACUCCUUCAUGCACAAGUUUGUUGUGGGUAUAUGUCUGUUGCAUCAUGUGAUGUCCUGUGAUAUUUAUGAAAAGCUAGAGCUGUUGAACUAAAUUAUUUACGUGUGGCAUGUAUUGUCCUCAUGUUCUGAUCAUUAAAUGGCCCAACAAGAA